UGUUUAUAAAUUGACAUUGACAUUUAAUAAACAAAAUCCCGUUUCCUUUGUUCAACUUUUGCAACAAAUAGCCCAUUUUGUGCUCUCUAUUACGUUUAAAGAUAACAGUGGUGUCGUAAUUACAGAAUUGCCUUUGAUUUCGAUGAUACUCCGAUCCCUAACCUAAAUUUUAAUGAAACUCUCCGUGAUGUGCAAACCAUGGGUGCAUGUUUAUCGCUAGAACGUGAGGAAGGUAAGGCCCGAAAGCGCUCUGAGGAGAUCGACCGUCAGUUGGGCGAAUUGGCCAAGCAGCAGAGCAAUGUCAUCAAAAUCCUCCUUCUUGGCGCCGGCGAGAGCGGCAAGAGCACUUUGGUCAAACAGAUGAAAAUAAUCCACGCCGAUGGCUUCACACAUGCCGAAUUGAGCAGCUUUCGCCCCACUGUCUUGGACAACCUUUUGGCCUCUAUGAAGUAUGUGCUCGCUGGGAUGGGCAUCCUGAGGAUUAACCUCGAGCAACAACGCAACAAAACUCACGCUCAAGUUAUUCUAAUGAGUCGCAGUUGCUUUGAUAUGAGUUUCAUGGUCUUGCCUAAUGUGGCGGCGUCUUUACAGGCGUUGUGGUCUGACAGGGGGGUGAGACUCGCGGUGGCGAGGGGGUACGAAUAUGAACUGAACGACUCUGCGCUUUAUUUAUUUGAAAAUAUGGAACGAAUCUGUGAUCCUAAGUAUGUGCCAACACCCACUGACGUAUUGAGGGCCCGUGUGAGGACCCAGGGGAUUAUUGAGACGCAUUUUCGCAUCAAUGACAUGAUUGUCAGCAUGUAUGAUGUGGGAGGACAGAGGUCUCAAAGGAGGAAAUGGAUUUAUUGUUUUGAUGACGUCAGAGCGGUGCUUUUUGUCGUUUCGCUUAGCGGUUACGAUAUGACUCUUUUGGAGGACCCCAGUGUGAACCGGCUCGACGAAAGUCUCAAUCUUUUCGGCCAAAUUGUAAACAACCCGUUUUUUCGCGAAGCUUCCUUCGUACUAUUUUUAAAUAAAUUUGAUUUGUUUAGAGAAAAAAUCUUGUAUUCGCAGCGACACUUGAGGCUUUAUUUUCCGGAUUAUAAAGGGCCGGACCGCGAUGUCGAUAGAGGUGCCCUCUUUAUACAACACAAAUUCGUGCUUAAAAAUGCCGACUCGAGGAAAGUUUUGUAUCCACAUUUCACAACUGCCACUGAUACUGCCAAUGUCCAAGUUGUUUUUCAAGCUGUUAUGGAAAUGGUCAUUUCAACAAAUUUGGGACAGGUCACUUUACUCUAAAAAUUACGCUUGUAGCUUUAUAAGUUCCUUAGCUGCCACUUUUCUGGUAUUUUUUGGCAGUUAUUUAGUUAUACGAUUAAUUUAAGUAUUAUUGUGGCGUGACAGCCUUCAGUUUUAAUUUUGACCAAUCAAACGUAAGAACGGGAAUGACGUAGUCGGACACGUAACGCAAGGUAGCUUUCUGAUUGGCUGUCGCGGCACAAACAUAAGAGUAGAUCUCAAACUGUGUUCAAGAACGCAAUAACUCUUGCCUUUAAGGCUGCAUCUAUGUGCCUGUGAUACAGUGGCCUUAAAUUCGUGCAAAUAUUUUUUAUACAAAUGUAAACAGAGGGUGUGUAAAUACCGGUCUUGGGUUAACAUUUUGUUCUAAACCAAGACUAGUAUAGACAAAUCUGCUGUCAUCACAACAAUGUGAUAAAAAUUUGAAAUGUUACAAAUUAGUGUAGUUUUUUACUGUAGUGUUGUUUUUGAAUAAAUUUUAAAACCCGA